UACAUGCUUGGUUAUAAAAAUAAAAAAAGGAUGGAAAUCAGGUUCUCACUUGAGAGUGUGUUGCAGGCAUUAAAAGAAAAAAAAUUGAUUAAGUAUACCUCCUCUAGAAGUUUAAUAUAGUAGACCAAGGUUGUUCAGAUUAGUCAAUUCAACAGUAUAGUCCUAUUUUAAUGGUUCAUAAGCACCAUGAGAUGUGUAACUUGUCAUUAAUGAACUUGGGACUAAAUUCAGAUCUUAUGGAGCAGAUGUUAGUUCAAAAUUGUGUUAAGAAGGUACAGUUGCUUCCAGCUGUAAAUGAUGAUCAUGGAGGAGUUAUAAUAGAACUAGAGGAGCCUAUGGACCCAAAUGUCUUCCAUAACAUGCUUAGAAGUUCAUUACGUCAAUGGAAGUUGCAGGGGAAAAAAGGCGUGUGGAUUAAAAUGCCGAUUGAACUUGUAAAUCUGGUUGAAACUGCAGUUAAGGAAGGGUUCUGGUACCACCAUGCAGAACCUCAUUACCUGAUGCUUGUGUAUUGGAUUCCUGAAACUGAGAAUACGAUCCCUGCAAAUGCUUCACAUCGAGUGGGUAUUGGUGCUAUUGUCUUGAAUGAGAAAAGAGAGUUGCUUGUUGUCCAAGAAAGUAGUGGCAGAAUGAAGGGAACAGGGAUCUGGAAGAUCCCUACUGGUGUUGUUGAAGAGGCAGAGGAUAUAUUUGAAGGUGCAGUAAGGGAAGUGAAAGAAGAAACAGGAAUUGAAACAGAAUUUUUGGAAGUGCUUGCAUUCAGGCAGAUGCACAAGUCAUUCUUUGGAAAGUCAGACUUGUUCUUCAUUUGCAUGAUGCGCCCUCUUACGUUUAACUUACAAAAGCAAGAUUUAGAAAUUGAGGCAGUUCAGUGGAUGUCACUAGAACAGUAUGCUUCUCAACCUUUUAUUCAGAAACAUGGCAUUUUCAAAUACAUCAAAGAUCUAUGCUUGGCAAAGGCAGAAGGGGAUUACCUGGGGUUUACGCCUGUGCCGAUUAAAUCGUAUUUUGGCAAUCCUACGAGUUACCUCUAUUUCAACGAGGAUGAUCUGGUCCAGGAAAACUCUGCAAUUAAUCUAUGAAGUAACAGAGUAGGUCCAUCAAAAUUGCCAGAUUGACUGUACGUCUCCUUUUCAUCUAUUUAGGUCCAUUUAGGUCCAUUUAGUUAUAGGCGUCCUCCAAAACUAAAGACGUAAGAUAAGUGCUUGCAUAAGUUCUGUGUAAUUAUAUUCACCUAAUUUGAUAAUUGGUGUUUAAUUAUAGUUAUUUCGAUCGAUUGCUCGUAAACUCAAACAAUAUGUACUUUCCAAGUA